GGACCAUAUAGCUCCACAGAGCCUUCCCUCCCCAGGUCCAUAUAGCUCCUUAGCGCCCACAGAGCCCUCCCUCCCCAGGUCCAUAUAGCUCCUUAGCGCCCACAGAGCCCUCCCUCCCCAGGUCCAUAUAGCUCCCUAGCGCCCACAGAGCCCUCCCUCCCCAGGUCCAUAUAGCUCCCUAGCGCCCAUAGAGCCCUCCCCCCGCCCCCCCAGGUCCUACAUAGCUCCACAGAGCCUUCCCUCCCCAGGUCCAUAUAGCUCCUUAGUGCCCACAGAGCCCUCCCUCCCCAGGUCCAUAUAGCUCCCUAGCGCCCACAGAGCCCUCCCCAGGUCCUACAUAGCUCCAUAGAGCCUUCCCUCCCCAGGUCCAUAUAGCUUCCUAGCGCCCACAGAGCCCUCCCGCCCCAGGUCCAUAUAGCUCCUUAGCGCCCACAGAGCCCUCCCUCCCCAGGUCCUGUAUAGCUCCCUAGCACCCAUAGAGCCCUCCCCAGGUCCCAUAUAGCUUCCUAGUGCCUAUAGAACCCUUCCCACUCCCAUGGGGUCUUCAAGUCCCAUCUAUAUCUACAACUAUAUCUAUGUCUCUGCUCAAGGAGCAGUCCCCGCAAACCCUUAUAGCCCCUCCCAGAGUCUAUACAGGCCCAUAUAAUUAUCCUCAACUCCCAUAUAGCUCCCUCAGGCCCAUCAAGCCUGUAUAGUUCUCUAGGUCCCCUAUAGAACCCUACACAACUCUUCCAGGGUCCAUAUAGUCCUUAUAUAGUCCCUUGGCCUGUCUUGACCCAUAAAGUCCCCAGCAGCCACAUAGCCCCAUACACCGCUAUGCCAUAGAGCGCUCAUUGAUAAGGUGACCAUACAUCCCGUUUUGGCCCGGACACAGUCCCUUUGUUCAGCCCUGUCCCGGCCAUCCUGACUUUUUUUCCCAAAAGGAGGCAUGUGUCCCCUUUGCUCUUGCUGACUUGAUCAGUGGGCAAGAGUGAACAGGACAAAUACCCACUUUUUGGGAGGAAAAAAAAAGUGCAGUGUAGAGGGGGUGAGGGGAGAUGCCAGCCCCCCGUAGCGGGGAGGCAGGGCUGGGGGGAGAAGCAGGGUUCCAGCGACCGGGCAACAACCUCGCUGUGAGGAGGGGUUCCAGCCAGCAACAGUUGGGGGGGGCGCCUUCGGGCAAACAGCUGGGGGUGUCCUGUUCUCUGUGGGAAAUAUAGUCACCCUACUCAUUGACAUAUAGCCUAUGAGGUCCUAUAUUCUGUAUACAGGAGACCUUUGUCCACCUAAUAUCAUGUAAAAGUGGCCAUAGGUUGGGCAGUGAAGUGUAUGAGACCCUAUUAAGUGCCCAUUGCCAAAGCCUUCUUUAUGUGUAGGACUUGCAUUUUCACUGAAUUCCUUUGAGGGGAGACGACUUAUUUGACAGCCACGUUUUGGUCAUACAGCCAAUAUUUCCCAGAAGAAGAUUCAGCUUUAUAAAUGUCUGGGGCAAAGUGGACUCUGUGCCACAUCACAGAAGACUGCUUGGCAGGAUGAUUUUACCAUCCCGUAACUGCUGUGAAAUGGCCUCCCCGUGACUUCUUGCGAGAUGGAUUCUGAAAGCUAUCAGAGCCAGAGAUUAUCUAGUCACGCUGUGACCCGAACACCACAUGAAACUGCAGCGCUGGGGAGAACGCCAAGAUCAGUAUUAAGAGCCGGAGCCACCCACCAAACUGAGUCUGUGGAUGGAGCAAUUGGAAAGGCCCCAGCCGGUGAGGAACCUGGCCGAUGUGUGUCAGUUGCUGGAGAGUCUUCAGAGGAUCAAUUCCUUUUGCCACUGCUACACCCCAGGCUGCGGAGGGGAUACAGCAUCAGUCUCGCAGAGCCUUCGCUGUUCAGUGGGGUGACCCCAGAAUCUCCCUGGCACCCAGACCUGCGCCUUGUUCUGCAGCCCGCCAGGAUGGCAGGAGCUCCCCGGUCCUUCCUUCUUUUCCUCCUGCUGCUUUCCCAGCCCAGGGACACAAGUCCUGGUAUGUCAUUUUGUUCCCCCAAAUGGGUGAAUGGGAUUCUGGGAGAAUCAGUCGUCCUCCCGCUUGAUUCCGAGGCGAUGUUCAAGCGCAUCACCUGGUAUGCACCCAGCCCUCACCAGGACGCAGCCUCAGGCAGAAGGGUGCCUCUUGCUAUCGUCACGAUGGGGGGGGCCGGAGCCCUGCCCCGUCUCGCUGUGGAGGCCAAGCGAUACAGAGGGCGAGUGAGACUCCACAGCCGGACCUAUUCGCUGGAGAUCAGCAACCUGACGAUGGCAGAUGAGGGCAAAUACAAAGUAGAGAAAAAUCUAAUUGCACAUGAUCAAUACGGCUGUGACUAUCCCCUGUCCAUCUACAAGCGACUGUCGGAGCCGGAGAUCAGGGUCCACCCUGUGAUGGCUGGGAACGGCACCUGCUACGUGACCUUCACCUGCAGCGCCGGGGAGAGGGCCUGGCACCUCACGUACACCUGGACACGCCCAGCAGGAGGCGCCGUUCUCUCCACCGAGGAAUCCCUGCUGGUGCAGCACCGACUGGGGGACGAGGACUCGCCCGUCACCUGCACGGCCACAAACCCCGUCAGCAACAGCUCGGCCAGCGCCUCCCCCAAGGCGGCCUGUGAAGGUCUCGCCCCGCCCCAGACCCCAGCGCUGUCCUACUGCCGCGCCAAGGGGAUCCUUGUGCUGGGGGUGCUGGGGACCCUGCUGGCCGGGAUCCUCACGGUGCACGUCCUCGCCGCGAGGGAGCAGACACGGCCCUGAGAGGAGAGGAGCUUCCACAGGGACUGUUAAUACACCCUGGAGUUUCCCACGCGGGCCGGCUAACGAACGAGAACGCUCCAUCGCCAACUGCAAAAGCCUCAAUUUCCCUCCCCCUCAGGAAACAGGAGCAGCAGCGACUCUACUGCACUAGACUGGGCCAAAUGUGUAGCAAUCCCUGAUCCCCCGCCCGGCUGUUCUGGGGCACAGGGCGGGGGGGGGGCGGCGUCUCCAGGAUCAGAGUCUCCCUCUGGCCCAGUGACCAUGGAGUUAUGUGAUAGGAGUGACUGAGAGACACCCUCCCAAACAGCCUGGUGCACAGAGCCUUCCGCGGGGACGGGGGAGAUCUGGGUUCAAGUCCUGCUCUGAAUCAGGCAGCACAGGGAUUUGACCCCACGUCUUCCACAUCCCAGCUGAGCGCCCUGACCUCUAGGCGAUGGGGACCAGGGACUCGUGCUCUCACUGUGGUUUUAUCUGAGAAGUGGCUGAGCUGGCUCAGGUGCCCAUCUCCAGGCGAGGGGUCGUGGCUGAAGGUCCCAGCUGGAGAGAGGCACCUAUGCCAGCCGUCCCUGCGGGGUGGAAGGCCCAGAGCAAUAGGAGCUGUGAAUCUGGGCCCUGAACCCCACCCCUUUCCUCUGCAUUUCACUCCUGGUCUGCUCUGAAAAGCCCUUCCUUGGGCGCCCAGCUCUGCCCGUGCGUAGGGCUGCCAAAUUUCUAUUUGCAGAAAAUCAAACACCCUUACCCUGCCCCUUUCCUGAGGCCCUGCCCACACUCACUCCGUCCCUCCUCCCUCCGUCGCUCGCUCUCCCCCACCCUCACUCACCCGCUCAUUUUCACCAGGCUGGGACAGG